CGGCGGGCUCCGCCCCUCUCCCCCGCGGAGGCAGGCUGGGACCGGCCCACGGCGGUGACACCCUUCGUUCCCUCUUGUCGACAGACAUGCUCCAGUUCUUGCUUGGAUUUACUUUUGGCAACCUGGUUGGAAUGUAUCUGGCUCAAAACUAUGACAUACCAAACCUGGCUAAAAAACUUGAAGAAAUUAAAAAGGACUUGGAUGCUAAGAAGAAACCCCCUAGUUCAUGAGGCUGACUCCAGCACUGCCUUCUGGAUAUACUGAUUCUACUGUUCUUGAGGGCCUCCUUUGCCAUCUGAACCAAAGCUUUGGUUUUACUCUCCAGCCUCAGCGAUUUUCUUCUUUUCUAAACCCUGCAUUGCCUUGGAGCACAAAUGGCACCAUAAGUUCAGAACUACCCUUGCUUUUCCAGCAUCCUCCCUUCUUCCUUUCCUCCUUCCUGUGCCUGGGAGGUCCUGGACUGGUAUGAUGGUGCUAGAUGAGUAAACAUGACCUUUAAUUACUAGUCUCUCCUGUAUUCUU